AUGGCGGAAUCUUCAAUCUCAGUCUGCGUGAGGAUCAGGCCCUUUAGCGAAAAGGAAGCGGCGCUGCUGGCGCCCGAGGACAAUGUCCUUCCCUUUCUCGGCGACGGAGGGCUGGGCGGCUCGCCGGCCAAGCCCCUGAUCCCCAUGCCGGCCACUGGGAUGCCGCGCGGCAGGUUCAUCCGGCCCAUCGUCAAGCCCAUGGACGACCAGGUCCUCGUCUUUGAUCCGCCAGACAACAACCCGCUCUCCAGGCUCUACUCGCAGAGCCACCUCACCCACGGCGGCAAGCGCAGCAAGGACAUGCGCUACGCCUUUGAUCGCGUCUUCAACAGCGCCUGCACCCAGGGCGACGUCUUCGAGCAGACAUGCAAGCCGCUCAUGGACGGCAUCCUCAACGGCUACAACGCCAGCGUCUUUGCUUAUGGAGCUACCGGAUGUGGAAAGACGCACACCAUUUCUGGCUCGCCCGAGGACCCCGGCCUCAUCUUCCUCACCAUGAAGGAGCUCUACCAGCGCAUCGACGAGGCGAGAGCCGACUCGGAAGUCUACAUCCGCCUCUCUUACCUCGAGAUCUACAACGAGACCAUCAGGGACCUCCUCAGCGCGGAACCCACCCCUCCUGGCCAGGGCCUGGCGCUGCGCGAGGAUGCCAACAACAAGAUCUCGGUGGUGGGCAUCACGGAGCUGGUCCCGGAGAGCCCAGAGACGGUGCUCGACAUCAUCCAGGAGGGCAACGCCAGGCGCACCAUGAGCCCGACCGAGGCCAAUGCCGUCAGUUCCAGGAGCCACGCCGUGCUCCAGAUCAACGUCACGCAGAAGCCACGCACCGCCGACACGACCGACGAGACGACCAGCGCCUCGCUCAACAUCAUCGACCUGGCCGGGUCAGAACGAGCCUCGGCGACGCGCAACAACGGUGCGCGGAUGAAGGAAGGCGCCAACAUCAACAAGUCGCUCCUCGCCCUGGGCAACUGCAUCAACGCGUUGUGCCAGUCUGGCGGGCUGCGGAAGCACGUGCCGUACCGCAACAGCAAGCUGACGCGGCUGCUCAAGUUCUCGCUCGGCGGCAACUGCAAGACCGUCAUGAUUGUCUGCGUCAGCCCUUCGAGCGCCCACUACGAGGAGACGCACAACGCCCUCAAGUACGCCAACCAGGCCAAGAAUAUCCGCACCAAGGUCAGCCGCAACAUGAUCAACGUCGACAGGCACGUGGCCCAGUACGUCCAGACGAUUGCGCAGCUCAAGGAGGAAGUGGCAGAGCUCAAGCGCAAGCUGUCAGAAAAGGGUUCGUACGAGUCUGCGGCAGAGAAGCGGAAACGAGCCGAGGCGGCACAGGAGCUGGUCGUCGUCAAGAACGAGAUCUCGAGCAAGACGGAAAACGUCCGCAGACUCGUACGCGAAAAGGCCGGCUUCGAGGCGCAGAUCGCAGCGGCCGAGGUGCGUUCGAUCGAGCUGCGGCGGCGACUCGAUGAGGUCGAGGCAGAGCUCGGCGGCUGUCAAGCCAGGAAGGGCUCUUCGCCCACCAUUGAGGUCGAUUCAGAGGCGGAACUGCUCGAGGGCGAACGCAACAUCCUGCGACAGCUGCUGCAACGGCAGGAGUCCAUCAUUCGCAGUCCGGAGCUCAAGGCAGGCGCGGACGGCCUCGAAAACAGCCUGACCAUGCACCGGGGCCUGCUGAUGGUGGCAAGCCAGAACCAAAAGUUCGACGUCCAGGCCGCCGAGAUCGUCAAGAGCCUGGGCGAGUCGGUCCGGAGUGUCCUCGACUCGGCAAGGGCCCAGACGAAGUACGACGCGGCGCUGGCAGUCCUGCGCGACAGCUCGCGAGAUCUGGCCCGCCUCGUCUCCGUAGCGGCCAAGAGUACAGUGGCUCUGCGCGACGUCGCCGGCCAGCUCGAAUACGAGACUGGCGAACUCAACAAGGGAGGCGGCGCACCACCGCUAGCCUCUAGGCUCGCCGAGCUCGCAGCUCAGAUGAGAGGGCUUGCCGACGCAAACAACCUCGACAUCUCGGACAUGGCUGGCAGCGGUGUCCUUCAGCAGGCAUCUGUCGCGGGCAGACCGAUGCGGACAGGCGCCUCUACCGUGCUGCGCCGAGCGCGGAGAUCGUUUGGGAGCGCCCAACCUGGAGUCGGGCAGCCUGGUGCGCUCGUCGCCGGACUCCGUUCCGCAUCGGUCGCGGCCCCGGCGCGAGCCGCGGGGCCUCCGAGAACAGGCGUCCGGCGAGCUUCGCUUGCACCUGGCGGAAGCCGCGUGAUUCCAUCGUCGCCGACAAAGCCGGCUCCAUCACGGGGCGUUCAAGCUCCACCAGCGACUGCUGCACCCGCGAGAGCGCACUUCGCAAGCAGCCCCCGCAAGACGAACCGACGGCUCAGCGUGGGUCUUCGCAGGGUCAGCGCCGUCGGCCUUGGCAACAGGCCGCCACCGCCCCCUGUCGAGCCGGCGCCGCAGGCCAAAAAGGCUUUCCGCUGGGCAGAUGAAGCAGGCGAGGGCUCGAUCGACGACAAGGGAAAGCGAGCUGUCCCGCCAACUGGGUCGGCUGAAUCCUUGGCACCUGCGCCGCCUCUGCCUCCAGCCGGUCUCGGGGCAGCGUCGGCCGGCGUCGGUGACCAGGUUCCGCCGCACCGCGCACCGGCCCGACAGCCCGCUAGUCGACUAGCAAGUGAUGUCGAAGCCGAGGACAGCUCCAGCGGGACGGACUGGGAAGACUAUGGAAGCGCCACCAGCAGCGCGAGCCCAGCUGCAGCAGAUGCUAGCGAUGGAGCUGGCAAGCCGGUCGCCAAGCGGGCCGCCGGCAUGUUUGACCGCAACUUCCUCGCCAAGCGCGCCGCCGCAAAAUCGUCUUCGUCGUCGGCGCUCGGCGCUCUGCAGGAGACAGAGGACGACGAUGGCGAUCAAGGUUCUGAGGGGGGUCUGGGACGACCUACCAUCCCGGGCUUCUUGAGCGACGCGGCGUCGGCGCCGCGAGAGCCGUUCGGCGAGCUAGCCAAUCGAUCGCUCCCGACCACGGCGAGCACGCUCAACCUGAGCGGUGCCAAGUUCAACAGCGAGCGCCGAGGUCCCUACUCGCGACAGUCGCUCUCGGGCCCGGGCAGCGGUGUCGGGCCGGUUCGCCGCAAGGCAAGGGUGAGCAGCAUCAACUCGAGCGGGCCCCUUCUACCGUCGACCUCGGCCUCGCCACUUCCGCCGCAGCCGGCUGCUUCACGGACCGCCUCGGGACCGCCCAACAACACUGCCGCCCGCCUGGCACGGAGAGCGAGCAGCCUCACUGUCAACCUGAGCCUCCCGACUCCGGGCAACCCGCUCGGUCGGCCGCACGGCAUCGCACCCUCGCGCUCCGGUACGCUCGGCUCGAUUGGCGAAGACAGCUUCAACACCUCCACGAUGGGCAAGCGCACGAUCCGCUAG